AUGCCUCAAGGCUCAAGAAGCUCCUUCCAAACGAACAUUUUUCGCCAAAACUUCGAGACCGGUCCCCAGCCCAGCAUCUCCAACAUCGCAUCCCGUCGCAUUGCACUCCACGACACAAAUUCCUCUACAUUUGCCCACGUAUUCUUUGUUGAAUACUUGUCCCCACACGCAAUGGCCAAAGAUCUUAGCGAAAAGAAGCUGAAGAAGGAGAAGAAGGAGAAGAAGGAAAAGCGCAGUGAGACUGAUGGCGUAACCAAGUCCAACAAGAAGGAGAAGAAGGAGAAGAAGGUCCAGGUUGACGCGGAAAUGGUAGAUGCUCUUGAGGCCGAGCUUGAGAAGGCGCCAGAGGUGCAACUGGUGCGGGCUGGGGAAGAUGGUGAGGAGCCAAAGGGCGCGCUCGUGCCUUUUGCCUUCCCGCUGGCCGACAACGAGAAAGAAGUCAAGAAGAUCCUCAAGACAGUUAAGAAGUCCGCGAAGUCCAAGACCCUUCGCCGCGGUGUGAAAGAGGUAGUGAAAGCGCUCCGCAAAUCUGCCGCUUCUACGUCCGCUGACUUGAGCGAUCCCCCUGCCAUUGUUGUCAUUGCCGCCGACAUCUCCCCUAUGGACGUAAUUUCACACAUCCCUGUGCUCUGCGAGGACCACAACGUGCCCUACAUCUACAUCAAGUCACGCGCGCAGCUUGGCGAGGCUAGCGCAACCAAGAGGCCUACAAGUGUAGUCAUGAUUGCCAAGGAACGGACCAGUAAGAAGGCUGGCAAGGACGAGGACGACGUGGAAUUCAAAGAGACAUAUGCUGAGUUGGCAAAGGUGGUUGGCAAGGCUAGUAAGAGUGUGCGCAAGUGA